GUCAGUUCUGAAAAUAAGUUUGAGAUCGUUUUAGUGACACCACAUCAUUUAUGAUCAACUGUGUUGCAAUCUUGUGUCAGUCUCAUUGCUGAGGGAACAUCUGCUAUUUAUCAAGAAAGAAUGUGUACUGAAGUAGAAAACAAGUCUUUCACGACUCGUCUGUGGGAAUUGCCCGUGGCACUAGCCGCAGUUGAUCAACUAUCACAAAUUUACAGUGCUGUGAAGGAGCGAAAUUGUGUAACCAGGAUGGCUUGUAAUGCCGGUGAAAAAACGAUCGAUAUGGCAAAUUCUGCCACUAAACCUAUAAUUCAGGUAGCAAGCUCUUGCCCGCUGUCUAAACCAGUCGUUGAAUGUGCUGCUUCAACCAUUGAUCGUGUGGCAUCAGGAACACUGGAUAUCGUGGAAGAGAAGUGUCCCAUUAUGACCAAAACACCCACUGAGAUCAAGACUACUGUUGCUGAUACUGCCUCAGAGUAUUACAACAAAGUACAAAACAGCUGUGUUGUGCAGAUGUUGGCUGCCAAGACAGAGGAAGUCUUGGACUAUAGUGAGUUGAUUGCUGAAAUGGCAUUGCCGACUGACAGUAACAGUGAAGAGGACAAGAAAGAACAGGAAACAGCUGAUGAAGUUGCUAGCAAAGGAGCUUUCUUAAGGGCUGUGACUCUUAAGAACAUGGUGAAACGCAGAGGAACAAGGAAACUGUUGACUUACAGACCUGUGAAGAUGAGUGUUAAUGCGGUGACGUGUUUGCAGGGACACAUAAGUGACUUGCUUGGCAAAUCUUCUGACUGCAGCAAGAAAGUCUACAAGGCAACCAUGUACAUCCCAAACUUGGCUCUUGGUCUGACGGGUGAAGUGAUUGUCUGUACAAAGGACUUAGUUUUUGCUCUUCAUCAGGCUCACCCAAUCAUGGAUAUGCCAUCUUACGUUGCUAAUAUGAUGAUAAAGGUGGCUCAGCCUCUCUCGGGUGCUACAGACAAGCUAGCUGCUUAUGUCUGUGUCCCUCCACAAGUAAUGACUGAAUACCUUCUGACAUCUCGCCCAGUUCAGUGGAUUCUCCCUGAAAUUGUCCCAGUUCAAGACUUGAUCACCAAAAUGGAUAUCACCAUGGAAGAGAUUGAAGACACAACUGAGUCGGAGGAGUUUGAAAAUUUGGAAGACUCGUCAUGAAUUUUUAAAAUUGUAUUCUUUCUUAAUAUAUUUUCCUUUUAAAGAAGUUACAAUCAUAACAUCUUUUUAAUUAAUUAACUUCUGUAAAUUAAUGUAUAUUAAAGUCAGGUAUAAGUAAUAAGUGUACUGAACUUUUUUGUAGCAAGGGUUCACAUUAAAAGCUGUUGUAAGUUAUAUUUUAAUUUUAAAAUUAAGAGAGAAACAGAAAUAUUUGCAAACACUACUGAUUGAAAAUUGAAGAAGAUAUACUUUAUUUCCUUUCUUUGAAACUUGUAAAGAUAAAGUUAACUUGUUUUUUAAAUUUCAAAGUUGAUGGAAAUCAUGGUUCUGUCCUGCAUUAUUUUAGACCAAUCAUUGAAUUCCAACAAAUGUUUUGUAGUUGUUGUUUCUUGUUGUGCACAGUAAAAUUGAUUUGAUA